GCGCUCACCAGCCUGCAGGCCAAGAAGUCCGUGGAGGACCUGGGCGAGGCUGACCUGAAGGGGAAGACGGUGCUGAUCCGGUGCGACCUCAACGUGCCCCUGAACGCGGACCUGGAGAUCACGGACGACACGCGCAUCACGGCCUCGAUCCCGACGAUCGAGUACCUCUGCAGCAAGGGCGCCAGGGUGCUGGCGUGCUCCCACCUGGGCCGUCCCAAGGACGGGCCCGAGGAGAAGUUCUCGCUGAAGCCGGUGGCGAAGAAGAUGGGGGAGCUGAUGAAGAAGGACAUCAAGUGCGCCCCGGACUGCAAGGCAACCGACGAGGUGAAGGGGAUGGUGUCGGCCAUGAGCGAUGGAGACGUUCUGAUCCUGGAGAACACUCGGUUCUACAAGGGGGAGACCAAGAACGACCCUGAGUUGGCGGAGAGCAUGGCCAGCCUGGCGGACCUCUUCGUGAACGACGCGUUCGGCACUGCGCACCGCGCGCACUCCUCCACCGAGGGCGUGACCAAGUUCCUGAAGCCGAGCGUCUCUGGCUUCCUGCUGAAGAAGGAGCUGGACUACUUGAAGGGCGCUGUGGACAACCCGGUGAAGCCAAUGGCGGCCAUCGUGGGCGGCGCCAAGGUGAGCACGAAGAUCCCGGUGAUCGAGUCCAUGUUGGAGAAGGUGGACAAAGUGAUCAUCGGCGGCGGCAUGGUGUUCACCUUCCUGAAGGCCCGCGGCCUCUCGGUCGGGAACUCCCUGGUGGAGGACGACCUCAUCCCAGUUGUGAAGAAGUUGGAGGAGGAGGCCAAGGCCAAGGGCGUCGAGAUCAUCCUCCCGAGCGACAUCGCCUGCGGCGACGAGUUCCCCGCAGGGGGCAAAGAAGUCAAUUACAAGGUGGUACCCGCGGAUGCGAUCCCAGACGGCUGGCUCGGCCUGGACAACGGCCCGAAGGCGACCGAGGAGAUCAAAGCUGCCCUGGCGGAUUGCAAGACGAUCAUCUGGAACGGCCCCAUGGGAGUGUUCGAGAGUCCGCAGUUCAGCAAGGGUACCUACGACGUGGCGGAGUGCAUCGCCGAGCUAACGGAGAAGAAUGGCGCCAUCAGCAUUAUCGGUGGAGGGGACUCCGUGUCUGCGGUGAACAAGUCCGGCCUGGCGCCGAAGAUGUCGCACAUCUCCACUGGAGGCGGUGCCAGCUUGGAGCUUUUGGAGGGCAAGGUGCUGCCGGGUGUGGCUGCGCUGGAGGACAAGGAGAUGGCCGCCGCGGCGUUUUGCGGACAGCGCAAGGCACCCAAGGCUUCCAGGAUCAGCCGUCAGGCCAAGAAGUCCGUGGAGGACCUGGGCGAGGCUGACCUGAAGGGGAAGACGGUGCUGAUCCGGUGCGACCUCAACGUGCCCCUGAACGCGGACCUGGAGAUCACGGACGACACGCGCAUCACGGCCUCGAUCCCGACGAUCGAGUACCUCUGCAGCAAGGGCGCCAGGGUGCUGGCGUGCUCCCACCUGGGCCGCCCCAAGGACGGGCCUGAGGAGAAGUUCUCGCUGAAGCCGGUGGCGAAGAAGAUGGGGGAGCUGAUGAAGAAGGACAUCAAGUGCGCCCCGGACUGCAAGGCAACCGACGAGGUGAAGGGGAUGGUGUCGGCCAUGAGCGAUGGAGACGUUCUGAUCCUUGAGAACACUCGGUUCUACAAGGGGGAGACCAAGAACGACCCUGAGUUGGCGGAGAGCAUGGCCAGCCUGGCGGACCUCUUCGUGAACGACGCGUUUGGCACUGCGCACCGCGCGCACUCCUCCACCGAGGGCGUGACCAAGUUCCUGAAGCCGAGCGUCUCUGGCUUCCUGCUGAAGAAGGAGCUGGACUACUUGAAGGGCGCUGUGGACAACCCGGUGAAGCCAAUGGCGGCCAUCGUGGGCGGCGCCAAGGUGAGCACGAAGAUCCCGGUGAUCGAGUCCAUGUUGGAGAAGGUGGACAAGGUGAUCAUCGGCGGCGGCAUGGUGUUCACCUUCCUGAAGGCCCGCGGCCUCUCGGUCGGGAACUCCCUGGUGGAGGACGACCUCAUCCCAGUCGUGAAGAAGUUGGAGGAGGAGGCCAAGGCCAAGGGCGUCGAGAUCAUCCUCCCGAGCGACAUCGCCUGCGGCGACGAGUUCCCCGCGGGGGGCAAAGAGGUCAAUUACAAGGUGGUGCCCGCGGAUGCGAUCCCGGACGGCUGGCUCGGCCUGGACAACGGCCCGAAGGCCACCGAGGAGAUCAAAGCUGCCCUGGCGGAUUGCAAGACGAUCAUCUGGAACGGCCCCAUGGGAGUGUUCGAGAGCCCGCAGUUCAGCAAGGGUACCUACGACGUGGCGGAGUGCAUCGCCGAGCUAACGGAGAAGAAUGGCGCCAUCAGCAUUAUCGGUGGAGGGGACUCCGUGUCUGCGGUGAACAAGUCCGGCCUGGCGCCGAAGAUGUCGCACAUCUCCACUGGAGGCGGUGCCAGCUUGGAGCUUUUGGAGGGCAAGGUGCUGCCGGGUGUGGCUGCGCUGGAGGACAAGGAGAUGGCCGCCGCGGCGUUUUGCGGACAGCGCAAGGCACCCAAGGCUUCCAGGAUCAGCCGUCAGGCCAAGAAGUCCGUGGAGGACCUGGGCGAGGCUGACCUGAAGGGGAAGACGGUGCUGAUCCGGUGCGACCUCAACGUGCCCCUGAACGCGGACCUGGAGAUCACGGACGACACGCGAAUCACGCCUCGAUCCCGACGAUCGAGUACCUCUGCAGCAAGGGCGCCAAGGUGCUGGCGUGCUCCCACCUGGGGCGCCCCAAGGACGGGCCCGAGGAGAAGUUCUCGCUGA